GCACACUCUGGGGGUACAUGCGUGAAGAAAAGCGCGGGCGCAAGCUAGCGGAACUUGCGUCCACGCUGGGCCUGACUCUUCACACCGACCCUGCACAUCCAACGCGGGUGGGUAACUCCGUGACUCGGGACACGUGUCCGGACCUUACCUUCACCAAAAACAUUAGACACGCAGAAUGGGCCAACACCGAGGAAACCCUCGGCAGUGACCACUGCAUACUCAACACAACCGUCAGAAGCAAACCAUUGGCAAGAUCCCACGCCCAAGCCCGCCUACCCGACUGGACCAAGUUCCGGCAAAACUACACUAAUUCGGCCCCUAUCCACGAACAAGGUUACCACGCGUGGUCACAAGAAUUGGUUGCACACCUUCGUUCGGCGGAAACACAAGUUCAACUAUCGGAGGCCACGCCGGAGGUCGACAACCACCUCCUGCACCUAUGGGAGGCGCGGCACAGCCUCGUCCGUAGGUGGCGCCGCCAAAAACACAAUCGGAGGCUCAAAAUUCGCAUCGCCGAGCUCACCCAACGAGCAGCAGAGUACGCGGCCCAGCUCGCCGACUCGAAUUGGGUGGACCGAUGCAACACGGCCGCUAGACAAAUGUCUAGCCGGAGCACCUGGCGUCUCUUUCGCGCCUUGAUCGAUCCGACUCAAACCAGAGCCGAGACACAAAAACAUCUCCAACGGGCUAUCCAUAGCUUCGACGGAGACAUCUCAAAAUUAGCAUGCAAACUACGCGAUCAGUACCUUUGUAUACAACAGGACCCCCGAGGGCCAGCGUACUCGUAUGCAGGUUCCGAGAACGCGGAGCUGGACCAACCGUUCCAGCUCCACGACCUGAAGGCGGCGCUCACUAAAAUGAAGCGAGGAACGGCGCCGGGAAGAGACAAAAUAACAGUGAAACUACUUGCCAACCUUCCCGACCCCGCCUACGAGGCGCUCCUCGCAUACAUAAACUCAAUCUGGCUCGGUGAGGCAAUCCUCCCAAUCGAAUGGAAGACCGCCCUGGUCACUUUCAUUCCGAAAGCCGGCAAAGCCAUAACCACGGACAACCUCCGCCCAAUCUCCCUCACGUCUUGUGCGGGAAAGCUGAUGGAGACUAUGGUGCGAGAUAGGCUGUCCGAGUUUCUGGAAAACCAAAACGUUUUCGCAGACACCAUGUUCGGGUUCCGCCCGCACCGGUCCGCGCAAGAUGUUCUGCUUCAACUAGACCGCGAAAUUCUAAAUCCCGUCGAAUACCCCCUCAAUGACAAGGCAGUACUCGCCCUCGAUUUGAAGGGGGCUUUCGACAAUGUCACACACGACAUAAUUCUGACACACCUCUCCCAAACCAACUGUGGACACAACACGUUUCAGUACGUUAAACAAUUUCUCUCCGACCGGCAAUCGUACAUCCGUAUACAAGAUGAAGAACACGGCCCCUACCAAUUAGGCACCAGAGGUACCCCGCAGGGCGCGGUCCUCUCACCCCUACUAUUCAAUUUGGCAAUGCUGAAACUCCCGGCUCAGCUGGAGAAUGUAGAAGGCAUACAGCACGCGCUGUAUGCCGACGACAUCACCAUCUGGGCUAAACAUGGAUCGGUAGGAGACAUUGAAGCCAACCUGCAGCAAGCGGCGGAGAUCGUGGAUGCCUACGCCCGCCGCUGCGGCCUUCAAUGCUCCCCGGCCAAAUCGCAAUUUGUGCACAUUCGCCCCUCGCCGAAGUGCACUACCAAAAUCGAACUGUCCCUACCAAAUGGACCCAUCACAGAAUACGAUCAGAUCAGAGUACUGGGUCUCUUUAUUCAUAAACACCGCCGAGUCGACACAACACUGGCCAAACUGCGCAAGGUGGGGGACCAGGUGGGCCGCAUGGUUCGCCGGGUUUCCAAUAAACGCGGGGGGUUACGGUGCAAAGACGCUUUGCGGCUGGCGCAUGCAUUCGUAACCAGUCGAGUGUUGUACUCGACUCCUUACCUCCACCUUCGCAGGUUUGACGAGAACGCCCUCGAGGUGAUUCUCCGUAAAAUUUACAAGCGUGCUCUCGACCUCCCGAUCAACACAUCCAACCAGCGCCUCCUUGGCCUGGGAAUGGUCAACACCUUCGCGGAACUCCGAGAAGCACACUUGACAAACCACUACACAAGACUCUCAAAGACGUCGUCGGGUCGCCGCCUUCUUGCCCGACUACACAUCCACCAUCCAACACUGACGGAAGAGCGCGUGCGCAUCCCGGAAAUCUGGAGAUACGCCCUGCACGUGCGCCCUCUUCCGGCCAACAUGACACGAGACGACCAUAGUGGCCGGCGCCUCGCGCGCGCGGAAGCGUUGGCACGUCACUAUGGGAACAAGCACGGAGUAUUCUACGUAGACGCCUCCGGCCCACACCAUGGGGGUUGGUUUACGGCCGCAGUCGUCCACCAAAACACCGCGGUGAACGGGCUUACGUUCAAAGCACAAGACAUAACACAUGCGGAAGAGGUGGCCAUCGCGCUCGCCGCCGCAGAUCAGGACUCGCGGGUCAUUAUUAGCGACUCACGAGGGGCCUGCAGGAACAUUGAAAGGGGCUUUAUUCCCUAUUUGGCGUACCGCUUACUUCAAGGCAGCAAUUAUCUCGGGGUCCCCGCGCCCCGCACGAUAGUAUGGACUCCCGCGCACGAGGGUCUCGAGGGCAACGAGGCGGCCGACGCCGCUGCCCGCGCGCUCACUCUCCGGGCAUCGCCUUCGCCUCCCGUCGCUGCGGACUCCGACCCCAAUCCGGUAUUUACCUUCAAGGAAAUCAACCAACACUAUCAAUACGGCCAUGCAAUCUUUCCUAAGCCCUGUAAGGGCCUCACGAAGGCGGAGGAGCGUUUACUCCUUCGCCUCUAUACUAAAACACUGUUGUGCCCGGCAAUCCAAAAACAUUUCGACCCUGCGUGCUCAGGGAAGUGCCCGCACUGUGAGGAAAAAUCUUCGGACAUUUUCCACAUGGUGUGGGCAUGCCAAUCAACCCCUCACCUUCCCCCUAUACCCAACCCUACCCGGGAGGACUGGGAGGCGGCCCUGCUCGGCUGCUCCGACCUGGCGAGCCAGAAGGCCCUGGUCGGCCGUGCCCAAGCCGCGGCUACAGCCAAUGGGUUCCUGUAAUGAGGUGCCCACCUAGUCUGUAUAAGGAACGGCCCCUUAAGGACUGCUCCACACGCUCCCUGUAAAUACUUCAAACAAUAAAG